AAGUAUGAAAUUUCUCAGGCAAGGAGAGCAAAGCGAGCAUAAAAACGAAGUGAGCGUUAAAAUCCAGCCGCACAGCCGCCGUCUGGGUUCGCGGUGCCGCCAGAUGCUUCACGGCUAAGCUUUACACGGGCGCAUCAUGGUCGCUGUUGGAGUUUACUCUCCCCACUCGGUAUCAGCGCCAAGCAUCGGUGAACUGGGAACACUGGGGCUUUUGUAGAAGAAGUGCUGUCUUAAGCUACAGGUAUUUCGUCCGACUGAGCGACGGUCCUAGCGUAAAAUAGCUGUUUGCAGAGCUGCACGAAGACAGAACUCUUCUUGUCCCUGCCCAGUGGAUGAUGUGCUAGGACCAGCACUUGCCUGCCAGUGUCCUACGUGUCUUGCCAUGGCCGGCUCCCCUGGUGGUGACCUGCCACUUCUGCAGCUCCAGGAAGUGGGCUCCAGCAAGGUGGGAGGCCAGAGCAGCUCCCCAGGGGUGCUACCCACCGUCUAUGCAGCCCCCCUGCCUGGCCUCGAUGUGGAGAACCGAGCCGUAUGCAUUCCCUCGCCCUACGCGGACAACGGCCACGACUACCCCACCCUCACCUUCUACAAUCCAUCUGUGCUAAGCUAUCCUGGAUCCUCCAUCCCUGACAGCCCCUCUGUGCGGCCCCCUCUCAGCCCGGCCCUCUACUGGCCGCCUCACAGCCACCCUGGACACACCAGCCACCUCCCACCUCUGACUCUGCACUGUCAACAGCCCAUGGUAUACAGCGACCCACCGCAGACCCCGUGGGUGGAAACCAAGGCCCAUGACCAUAUCAUUGUUCAGGCCAGCAAGCUGACAGGGCCACGUGGGUUGGAUGCUGAUAAUGCAGUGAACUCCUCUGGGGGUUGCUUGGAGGGGAAGGCUGACAUGCAUUUCUGUGCCGUUUGCCAUGACUACGCCUCAGGGUACCACUAUGGUGUCUGGUCCUGUGAGGGAUGCAAGGCCUUCUUCAAGAGAAGCAUCCAAGGACACAAUGAUUACAUCUGCCCAGCAACCAAUCAGUGUACUAUAGACAAGAACCGAAGAAAGAGCUGCCAGGCCUGUCGCCUGCGGAAGUGCUAUGAAGUGGGCAUGAUGAAGUGUGGUAUGAGACGUGAGCGCUGUAGCUACCGUGGAGUCCGGCACCGGCGCAUGCCUCAAAUCCGAUAUCUGGGUACAUUGGGAUCCAGAACACAGAAGCGGCUGGAGAGUAGCCUGCCAGUGAUGAAGGGGACCCUAGCUCUGACCCCUGAACAGCUGGUGACCUGCAUUAUGGAGGCAGAGCCGCCAGAGAUCUACCUCAUGAAGGAUCUGAAGAAGCCUUUCACUGAAAGCAGCGUCAUGAUGUCCCUUACCAACUUGGCUGACAAGGAGCUGGUUCUUAUGAUCAGCUGGGCUAAAAAGAUCCCUGGGUUUGUGGAGCUCAGCCUGUCAGAUCAGGUGCACCUGCUUGAGUGCUGCUGGUUGGAGGUGCUUAUGCUCGGCCUAGUGUGGCGGUCUGUAGAUCACCCUGGGAAGCUCAUCUUUACCCCUGACCUCAAGCUCAACAGGGAUGAAGGCAGCUGCGUGGAAGGGAUCAUGGAGAUCUUCGACAUGCUGCUGGCUGCCACUGCACGCUUCCGGGAACUGAAGCUGCAGCGGGAGGAAUACGUCUGUCUCAAGGCCUUGAUCCUCUUGAACUCCAACAUGUGUGUGAGCUCCCCAGAGAGCCCCGAGGAACUGGAGAGCCGGGCUAAGCUGCUGCGGCUGCUGGAUGCAGUGACUGACGCCCUGGUGUGGGCCAUCUCCAGAAAAGGGCUAACCUUCCAGCAGCAAUCCACUCGCUUAGCCCAUCUGCUAAUGCUACUUUCGCACAUCCGCCAUGUCAGCAACAAAGGGAUAGAGCACCUGUCCAACAUGAAAAUGAAGAACGUCGUCCCACUGUACGACCUGCUUUUGGAGAUGCUGGACGCCAACACCACGCACAGCUCCCGUGUCUACCACAGGGUCGCAACAGGGGAGUCAAAACACCAGCCAACCUCUACAGUCGAGAGCAAGUCUGCUCCACAGACCCCGAACAACCCUCAGGGGCCGGGGCCGGGGCCGUGGGCCCCUGUCGAAUGCAGUGAGUAAACAUCAGACGAGCUAAUCAACCUGAAUAUCCGGUCCAUCCCCUCGCAGCCCCCCAAAGCUCCGCAUUCACAUGUUUGUAGAUAAAGGAGCUGAAAAGACUAGUCAGGUUCACCCAUGUCCGGAUCUGCUGGGACCCGCUGUCAAAAACGUCAGCCAGCAAUGAACUUUGGUCAACCUGAAUAACCCCAGUAUCCUCGAAUAUGAAGUGCUUUGUACGAUCUUCAGUUACAGAACCUGGCAAUUGGGAAGGUGGAAAAAUAAAAAUGUCAGCAAUUAUUGUUCAACAACAAAAGCUGCACUUUGCCAAAACUGUACUAAGAAAAUCACAUUAUUAUAACAGCAUUCAAGAAACAAAAAGCCUGAAAAAUGUUUCACAUGUCUACAGUAUCCUACUUCCUUCCAUUGGUCAUUUAAGUUCCUUACCACUGUGCAUUUUCCCACUAUGAAUAGAAGAGUGAUGUUAGCAUUAGUGCAGCCAAAGACCUAGGGGGUUGGCCGUAUGGUGAAUGACAUAUCUGUCAAUCAGUUGGCACACUAAUCAUCUAUAGUAGGGGCUCCCCACCUUUUCAUGACCACAGACCGGUUCACAUUGCGCAUAAAUGGCACAGACUAGUAAAACUUGUCGACUGGGGGGCAGGGCAGUGAAUCAAUUGGCGGGAUAGAACUAAUAUAUUUAACCAUUUCCAUCUUUUUCCAAUACAAUCAAAACACGUGAGCGUCAAGGAUCAUUAAAAAAAAAAAAAAAAAACUUAAAAAUAUAUAGCGGAUUGAAUACUCGCUGUGGACUGGGGAUUGGGUACCCCUAAUCUAUAGUACUGUGAGAAGACAGGUGUGUUGCACGUUAUUAGUGAUUGUGACUAUGAAUGGUCCCAUUUAUCUUGUUCACAAAAAAUAAUGUAUUAAACUCUGAACAGUUUCACAUUCUGGGUUAAGACCUAUUACAGCUAAAAUACACUGUAUAAUUCACUAUGCAUAAAAAUAAAUUUUAAAGUCUAUUUACCACUGUAUGUAUACUGCAAAUUGCACAAUGGAUAAAUAAUGGUUCUUAUAUAAUAUGUCUAGUGACAUGCUGACACACUGCUAACAUUUUGGAACAAAGACACUAUUUUCCCCUUUUUAGCUGACAUGGAAUCAAUGUUUACCGAAUAUGACUAAAGAAUAUCAUAAAGUAUCAAUGUAUAAAUUGACAGUAAUUGUAUUUUAAUAGCUUGCUUUUCCCAGUAACUUCCUGUAAAUAGAUGCAGCCAUGUUUUUCUUUUAACCUUCAGUUUUUUGCUGAAUUUUAAAGGGAUUGCUUGCUUAUUUUCGAUGUUUGCUACUACUGCCACUUGCGUUUUUCACAUCAUAAUACCUACCGUCCAAACUCAGAAACCCCCAUAAUCAAAAAGGAGCCUUUACUUCUCUGCCCCUUCUUGUUUCUGUGAGAAUUCAGUUUUCUGCAGGCUAAAAAGCAAAAUCAUCACCGUGUCUUGAUGUGCUGAUGGUCCUUUCCUGAAGUAUUUUGGUUCUGUGUUUUGUUUACGUGGUUCUUUCUAUGUGCCCAUAUACCCAGGUCUAAUAGUAAACACACACACACACACACACACACACACGCAUGUGCACACACACACGAGCGCACACGCAUGUGCACACACACGCGAACGCACAGACACACACGCACACACAGACACACG